AUGCCAGUACUUACCAUUGAUGCUGAGUCAGAAACAGGUAUCCCAAAAUCCCUUUCCAAUGAACCUCCCUCAGAAACCAUGGAGGAAAUAGAGCACACAUGCCCACAGCCUCGACUGACCCUGACUGCACCUGCCCCAUUUGCAGACGAAACCAGCUGCCAGUGCCAAGCACCCCAUGAGAAACUGACCAUUGCUCAGGCCCGCUUAGGAACACCAGUUGACAGGCCUGUGAGAGUAUACGCAGAUGGAAUAUUUGACCUCUUCCACUCAGGUCAUGCAAGGGCACUUAUGCAAGCAAAAACACUGUUUCCCAACAGCUACUUGUUGGUAGGAGUUUGCAGUGACGACCUCACCCACAAAUUCAAAGGUUUCACUGUGAUGAACGAAGCAGAGAGAUACGAAGCACUGAGGCACUGUCGCUAUGUGGAUGAAGUCAUCAGAGAUGCUCCGUGGACACUCACGCCAGAGUUUCUGGAAAAACACAAGAUUGACUUUGUGGCUCACGAUGACAUUCCAUACUCCUCUGCUGGCUCUGAUGAUGUUUACAAGCAUAUAAAGGAAGCAGGAAUGUUUGUUCCAACGCAAAGAACGGAAGGCAUCUCAACAUCAGACAUCAUCACCAGGAUUGUCCGUGACUAUGAUGUUUAUGCCCGACGCAACCUCCAGAGAGGGUACACAGCCAAGGAACUGAAUGUCAGCUUUAUAAACGAGAAGAAGUACCGCUUCCAAAAUCAGGUAGACAAGAUGAAGGAAAAGGUCAAAAACGUGGAGGAAAGAUCAAAGGAAUUUGUUAACAGAGUGGAAGAAAAGAGUCACGAUCUAAUUCAAAAGUGGGAAGAGAAAUCGAGGGAAUUCAUUGGCAACUUCCUAGAACUGUUUGGGCCUGAUGGAGCGUGGAAGCAGAUGUUCCAGGAGAGGAGUAGCCGGAUGCUGCAGGCCUUGUCCCCGAAGCAGAGCCCUGUGAGCAGCCCGACCAGAAGCCGGUCGCCUUCCCGCUCCCCAUCACCCACCUUCUCGUGGAUCCCGAACAAAACCUCACCCCCCUCCUCACCCAAAGCAGCCUCAGCCUCCAUCAGCAGCAUGAGUGAGGGGGAUGAGGAUGAGAAGUAAAGGCUGCUGGCAGACAAGAGCCAUGCCACACAGGCUGGGGAGGAGGGCGGGGCACAGGGGAUGCCUGGGUGGUGUGGGAAGGAUAAUAGUCCCAGGAGCUGCAGCUCAGCCAGGAGACCCUGGGCUCUGCUACAGGAAGGUCCUGGGACCAGCUCUCCCUCAGUCUCCAUUCAGCCCAACACUUGGGCCCUGCAUGGAGGUUUCCAGCCGGACAACCUAUACAAACCUUCUUAGCAUCAUCUAGAACCACUCUACUUUAACCUUGCUAAAGAAAGAUGCAGAGCACCCCGGGAGACUUGCACUGAGUGGGGUG